CAAGGCGGAAGCUCCAGGCGGACGUGGCAGCAGCUGCUGCAACCAAGGUCGCCGAAAUUUUCUGAAGCUCUGAUAAUCUCAAGACAACAUUAAGAGACAAAUUAUCAUGAACACCAAAGAUUUUGUAGUUAUUCCCUGGGGAAAACCUGGAAAUUCUGUAAAACUAAAAUAUAAAAAUACUCAGGAACUGCAAAUGGAGAAAAUUCAGCUAGAACUGGAGAACCAGAAGAUGGAAAAGAAGUUGCGAGAAUUCCAAUCCACGUGGAACAAGGGAAAGGAAGAAGUUAAGUCAAGUGGAUAUUACUGGAAAUCUGGAAGUGUGGGCAAAUUGAGUAACCUGUCAUACCUAACAUCAAAAAGUAAAGGGAAUGCUGUUAAGCUCCCUGUUGGAAAUGUGAAAUUAAAGUUACUAAAGGAACAGAUUGAAGCACCAGCGAAACAACUAGUUACUUACAAAAUGGCACAUUCUUUUGGAAGCGAAAAGCCCAAGACGAAAAGAAAAGUUUGUGGACAGUGUGAGAACAAAGCCGCUCUCCUAGUAUGCCUGGAAUGUGGGGAAGACUAUUGCUCAGGAUGCUUUGCUAAAAUGCACCAGAAGGGGGCACUAAAGUUCCACAGAACAACUCUUAUACAGGCAAAAUCUCAAAUCUUAUCCAAUGUGUUAGAUGUUGCUCAUCAGUUUAUAAAGGAAGCAAAUCCACCUAAUGAGGGGACUACUUCUACAGAAGCAUCCUGCAAAUGUCAGAAGAAACCCAAAGCCCUCCUCCUUCAGGAGAACAGCUCUGAGGUAGAAACUAGAACAGCAGAAGGAGGAGAAGGUGCAUAUUCAAAAUACAAGCCCUUGUGUGAAACACCUUUUGAUGAAGAAGCAUCUGCCCAGUCCUUUCGGGAAGCCUUAAAUCAGUGGAGAGCUGGACAUCAGGAGGAAAACAAACAGCAGAACUCACAUGCAACAAAACCAGUGUUUAUUUUUAUAGACUCAGUGGAAGAAUGUGAGGUACAAACUAAUUUGAAAAUUUGGACAGAACCAAUAAAUAUUGAAUUUACAGAAGACAGUCUGUCCUACAUGGAAAAAUUAUGGCUUAAAAAACAUAGAAGAACUCCACAGGAACAACUUAGGAACAUACUACCAAAUACAUUCCCACAUCCCCGUGUAGCUACUAUGGAGGAACAGAGCUCCCCAGAAGAAAAUGAUGCUGAUAGUGAUGUUGAGGAGAUCAAAGUACAAUAUCCACCUCUUUUUAUGCCAGUAGAAAAAGUGAAUAUAGAGAGGCCUCCGCCAACUCUAACAAUAGUAGAACUGGAUGAUACUCAUGAAGCAGAAUGUGAAGAACCAGAGAAUGCUGUUCCUUACAGAGUUGAAUUGGCUGAUGCAGAGAGUCAGUUAAGUUCUGCAUUUCCUGAUUAUCGGAACUGCUUUCCACAUGAAAACGACAUCCAUCAGCACCUUGUUUUCAACAAGGGAACAAAAGACCUCUUAAGUUUUUGUUUGAGAACGAAUUCUGCAUACCAUAAGGAUAGCAUUAAAGGAUCUUCAAAUACAGAUUUUGGCAAUACUGUGGAGUCUGGUAUUUAUUCUCAUGAGUUCAAAAAAAUAGAAGAAACCAGUUCUUUUGAACAAAAUGUAGCAGAAAAAAAUAUAGACCUAGGAAACAACCAAAAUUCUGGUGAUUCCUGUGCGCCAUUUUGGAGCAAGGGUUCCUUGACAACUGUAGAUUUAGAUACAUCGUUCAUUGAGGAGAAUUCAUCUCAAGACACCAGCACAUCCUUGGAAUACAGCAAUAUGAAAGAGAGGCCAAACUUGGAAGAUUCAAAAACUACAAAGUCACCACCGCUGUUACAAGAAAUAGCCCUCAGAAAAAAACCUAUAACUGAGCGAUAUCAAGGGCUUGAGAAGUUCUUCACUCCUGAUACAAAUGAAAGAUUUGACUCCCACCCUUCACCAAGCAUAGGAUGCAGCCAUUCAUGUACCAGCAUGACAUUCACAGGCCAGAAAUCACAGAGACCUUCCACAGUAAACUUCCCUAUUUCUAACUCUGCUCGAAAAGGCUCCAGCUGUUGGGUGUCCUCUUCUCCCCGACCAAGGAGUGUGGCCACUCAACCCCUAUCCAGAGCUGCUUCUGAAAUUUCAGAAAUUGAAUACAUAGAUGUCACUGACCAGAAUGAGCCUUUCCUAGAUAACACUGAAGAUCAACAAGCCUUAGACAGUUUGGAGAAGGAAUUAAAUGUGCUGAGAAACCUUGCAGAUCCUUCAGAACAACUUCAAAGUCUACCCUCAGAAGAUUUACAGACCUUCACCCACCAUCCUCUGAACUUCAGCCAGAUGUCCAAAGACCUCCUUGAGAUGUCAUGUGAGAGUGAUGCCUGUAAGAUUGAGUUCAGCUCUUCUGGAAGAAAUACUGAAAUGCAGUCUUUGCUGUCACUUGGUGACUACAGUACAGAUGAGGAAGAGGAAGAUUUUCUUGAUAAGCAAUGUGUCACUACACUACCGUGGGCGAAGAAUGUGUAA